GAUGACCUGUUUAGAUAAAACAUCCAGGCCUUUAAAAGUUGCCGUGUGUUUAUAGCUGGUCCAUUAAUGUUUUUGCUAUUUAAAGGGUGAACUCGUUUUGCCCAGAGUAAACUUCAUCUUGUCUAUGACGAAAUUUUUUUGUUGUACAUUAUGAAAUACAGGAUAAUGGAAAUGCACAUGUUUUUCCUACUUUGGAUUUUUGCGAUGACUUAUUUUACAGACACAACAACAGCUAAAGCCAAAAAUCUUGCUUUAUAUGGCAAGGCCACACAGUCAGACCUGGUUGGAAAUCCUUGGGCGCCAUUUGGUCAUGCCAGUAAUGCUAUUGAUGGAAAUCGUGACUCACAUUAUGAACAUGGAUCCUGUACUGCUACUCCUACACAAGAUGACCCAUGGUGGAGGUUAGAUUUACUAGACCAGUACGUAGUGACCUCCAUAACUAUCACCAACAGAAAAGACUGCUGUCCUGAAAGACUUGAUGGAGCCGAGAUACACAUUGGAAACUCUCUGCUGAACAACGGCAACAACAAUCCAUUGGCUGCAAAGAUUUCAUCCAUUCCAGGUGGAAGAUCCCUCACUUUCAAAUGGAAAAAAGGCAUUUCAGGCCGUUACAUCAAUGUGUUCAUACCUGGUCCUAGUCGGCUUCUUACUCUCUGCGAGGUUGAGGUUUACGGUUAUCCAGCUCCUGAUGGUGAAAAUGUGGCUUUAGGAGGAGUAGCUACACAGAGUUCCCUCGGUGGAAAUGCCUUUGCAUUCAAUGCCAUUGAUGGGAACAAAGAUGGUGUUUACAGUCAUGGAUCCUGUACACACACUAAAGCAGACCUCAAUCCCUGGUGGAGACUGGACUUACUGAAAAGGCACAAAGUGUUUUCAGUGGUAAUUACAAACACAUUAGACAGUGUUCCUUCAAGACUAAAUGGGGCAGAAAUCAGAAUUGGAAACAGUCUGGACAACAAUGGCAAUAAUAAUCCCAGGUGUGCUACGAUCUCUUCCAUUCCUGCUGGUUUUUCCACCUCUUUUGAAUGUGAUGGGAUGGAAGGACGUUACAUUAAUAUUGUUCUUCCAGGACGGAAAGAGUAUCUUACACUGUGUGAGGUUGAAGUGUACGGAUCACCACUGGAUUGAGAAGCACUUAAACAACAGGAUGUAAAUGAAAAAAAAAAAAAAAACCUUAAUAUUGGUGGCUGUAGGGCUUUACUUUAACCAGACAUUUACUGAACCAGAGUUUGCAAAACAGCGCAUGUAAUAUUUUAAGCCUCUGUACUUUAAUGCAGUGCAUGCUGCAGAAAGUAUUAGACAGAUUUGGGUGGCUAUUGAUCAAUGGACACUGGGAAAUGGACAAUAUGGUCACCACUUUGUUUUGUGUAAUGUAAUGCAGCUGUGAAAAUUGUAUGUUGUAAAAUGAAUGAUCCUUUUGUUAUUACGUCUGUAGUGUCUUGCAAAUGUGUUUGUAAAAUAAAAAUUAAAAAUAAUUAAAAUUUUAUGGAAAAAAAAAA